AUGCCAGGAAAUCUCGAACUGCCGCCACCAGAGGUCAUUGCAGCAUGGCCUGCACCAAAUCAUGUCAACCCCGAGCGGAGGGCGUGGAUGCCUGCAUUCUCCGGAACGCUUCAAGCGGUUACGACUCUGCUGGUGGUCACGAGAUUGAUUCUCAGGGCGCAGAGAAGGGCGGGGGGUUUGGGCAUUGAUGAUGCGAUGCUCUUCCUUGGGUUCCUCGCUGGCACGAUGUUCACAUGUGUCGCUAUCUUGGGCGCGGGACAAUACGGCUUUGACAGACACAUCUACGAUAUCGACUUCACCAAAGUUACCGAAACGGCACUCAUAGCCUGGCUAUCGCAACUGGCCUUCCUUGUAGCUUACUGCAUCGCAUUCGUCGGUGUUCUUAUCGGUGGCUGCCGGCCGGUCAACGCAUACUGGAGAGCAUACGACCCCGUCUACGCUGCCUCGGUCGAGUACACUUGUAUCCCAACCAAGUUCCUCAACCCCCUGUCUGGUGGACUGUCCGUGGUCAGCGACUUCUACGCCGUGGUCUUACCUAUUGGUCUCCUCUGGCAUCUCAAAAUCAGCAAGCGACAACGUUAUGCAUUGAACGCUGUCUUCAGCCUCGGCUUCGUGGUGGUCAUCGUGGGCAUCGUCAGGACUGUCUCCUUCCUCAGAUCCAACACCGUGCUCGACAGCAACACGGGCGGUAUCAGCAACAUGAGUUUUCGGGAAUCUGCCGACGGAGCGAAGAUACUCAGCACCUUCCAAGUGGAGCAAUGGUCUGUCCGAGAUGGUGAUUUCGGAAGCUUGAUACUUGGGAAGGCGGAGCAGGAAUGGACCACGGUUCACGAAAUCGAGGUGGACGAGAUCACGACGAUGCCGGAGCGAACGGCGAUCAGGACGGCGUCGGAAUAUGAAGCAUUGGCAUUGGAGGACAUCAAGAAUUUCAAGGCUUCAAAUCUGUAUUCUGGGUGGAGAAAUUCUUCCGAAAACUCAUCGGAAGUCGAUGGCAGCUCGGAUCGGAGAUGA